GCGAGUGCUGGAGGAGGCGGGCUGCGGGCGCGGAGGCCGGCCGGGCGCCAUCGGUCCCGGGAGCUCCCUCUGCAAACUCCCGUGGAGUGCGCGCCUGCUGCCGGCCGGGCGCCUUACCUUCGGACCGGUCCUCGGAUUCUGUCGGGUCAGCCUCAGGCUCAGAAACUGCUGAGGAAUUGGGCAAACAAAAGGGGCCACUCGGCUGGUGGGGCAAAGUCACUUCGGCCCCCGGCGCCCGAGCGGGCUGGAGGCCCCCGGACCGCCAGGGUCGGCGAGUUGGCGGCCUGUUGUGUAAGCCGCACUCCUUGUUUUCCCGGCCCGGCUGGUUGGGAAGCUGGACACAUCCACCCUUGGACUCGAUUCAGGAAGGAGGCUGCUGCUUUUUCCUUUGGAUUUUCUGGAUUUUUGAAAACCCAGUGGCCCAGGAGGAGGAGAAUUAGGAAGGAGCCUGUCUGGGGAGGAAUGUGAGAGAGUCUUCCAAGGCCUGGCGGGGCCAGAAGGAGCUGGGAGCCACAGCUGCCAGGGUUCUGGAACCGUGAUUUCCGAGUGAUUCUCUUUUGUUUUAGAACCUUGUUCCAGUGGAAAGUGGAAUUUUUGCCCUCUCACUUCUCCAAGUCACUUGACUUUUCUCCUGGGAGUGGAAGGAGGGAGAAACUCCCCUUCAGGGCCUGCCAAGGGUAGGGAAGAAGACUGGAUAUGAGGCUCCCCUGCCCCCAGACAGGUGCUGGGAGUUGUGAUAGGGAAGUUUUGGAGCCAUGGGCACAGCUUUGAAGAGAGGGCUGGACGGCAUGCCUGGGUGCUGAGACCUGCAUCAGGGCGGAGACGGCUGCCGGGGCAGGCCUUUGUUUGCUAGUGCGCUCUUGGACAUCCCAGCUCUGGGCAGGACCCUUUCCUCAUCUUUCUCUACCACUGGCCCAGCCAUGGCACUAAAAGGCCGAGCCCUCUAUGACUUCCACAGUGAGAACAAAGAGGAAAUCAACAUCCAGCAGGGUGAGGAUUUGGUCAUCUUCAGUGAGACCUCACUGGAUGGUUGGCUGCAGGGCCAGAACAGCCUUGGUGAGACGGGGCUCUUCCCCGCCUCUUAUGUGGAGAUUGUUAGCUCUGGCACCAGCUCCAACCAUGCUGACUGCUCCAGCAGCUCUGCAGGCUCCCCCGGCGCCCAGGUGAGCUUGUGUGACCGCUCCAGUGUGGCCAAACUUGGGAGCGCUGCGGGCAGUGGCUUCCUCUCAAACCAGGGCAGCUUCGAGGAGGAGGAUGAUGAUGACUGGGACGACUGGGACGACGGAUGCACAGUGGUUGAGGAGCCACGGGCUGGUGGGAUGGGCACCAAUGGGUAUUUCCCACUCAACCUCUCCUACCCUGGUGCCUACCCCAGCCAGCACAUGGCCUUCCAACCCAAGCCACUCCUGGAGCGGCAGGACAGCCUGGCAUCUGCUAAGCGAGGCAGUGUGGUGGGGCGCAACCUCAACCGUUUCUCAUGCUUUGUGCGCUCUGGCGUGGAGGCCUUCAUCCUGGGUGAUGUGCCCAUGAUGGCCAAGAUUGCUGAGACGUACUCCAUUGAAAUGGGCCCUCGGGGCCCCCAGUGGAAGGCCAACCCUCACCCAUUUGCCUGCUCUGUGGAAGACCCCACCAAACAGACCAAAUUCAAGGGCAUCAAAAGUUACAUCUCCUACAAGCUCACGCCCACCCAUGCUGGCUCCCCUGUCUACCGGCGGUAUAAGCACUUUGACUGGCUCUAUAACCGCCUGCUUCACAAAUUCACUGUCAUCUCUGUGCCCCACUUGCCAGAGAAGCAGGCCACAGGUCGCUUUGAGGAGGAUUUUAUUGAGAAGCGGAAGCGGCGGCUCAUCCUCUGGAUGGACCACAUGACCAGCCACCCUGUGCUGUCCCAGUAUGAGGGCUUCCAGCAUUUCCUCAGCUGCUUGGAUGACAAGCAGUGGAAGAUGGGCAAACGCCGGGCAGAGAAGGACGAGAUGGUUGGUGCCAGCUUCCUCCUCACCUUCCAGAUCCCCACGGAGCACCAGGACCUGCAGGACGUGGAAGACCGCGUGGACACUUUCAAGGCCUUCAGCAAGAAGAUGGAUGACAGCGUCCUGCAGCUCAGCACCGUAGCGUUGGAGCUGGUACGCAAGCAUGUGGGAGGCUUCCGCAAAGAAUUCCAGAAGCUGGGCAAUGCCUUCCAAGCCAUCAGCCAUGCCUUUCAGAUGGACCCCCCCUUUAGUUCCGAGGCCCUCAACAGUGCCAUUUCUCACACGGGCCGCACUUACGAAACUGUGGGUGAGAUGUUCGCUGAGCAGCCCAAGAACGACCUCUUCCAGGUGCUCGACAUGCUGUCUCUCUACCAGGGUUUGCUCUCCAACUUCCCCGACAUCAUUCACCUGCAGAAAGGCGCUUUUGCCAAGGUAAAGGAGAGCCAACGCAUGAGUGACGAGGGCCGCAUGGCGCAGGACGAAGCAGAUGGCAUUCGCAGGCGCUGCCGCGUGGUGGGCUUCGCCCUGCAGGCUGAGAUGAACCACUUCCACCAGCGCCGUGAGCUCGACUUUAAGCACAUGAUGCAGAGUUACCUGCGCCAGCAGAUCCUCUUCUACCAGCGGGUAGGCCAGCAGCUGGAGAAGACGCUGCGCAUGUACGACAACCUCUGACCUUGAGUACCUGGCCCCACCCCACCUUCAGCCUGGUCACUGCAGUAUACUCUGGUUUCCAGACCUCCUGCACCAGCAGCAGCUGGGGGUGGGCUGUGGAAGAGUCACGGGUACCCCUGGGGAAGUCCUCCAUCCCUUAGAAGUGGGCACAGCAGGGGUGAGAAUGGGACCAGGAACCCUCCAAGCUGAGGCCUGGGCUGCUGGUCAGUCACUUGAGUCUAGGCCAGAGUCUUAGCCAACUGUAGAGCCUCUAGUCUUUGUGCACCUGGCCACCAUCCCCUCAUUCUGGGGCCUGCUGUGGUCCUGGGUCAUAGGUUGAACACCCAGGGCUGUGACACACCUGCCCUCAGGGUGUCCCCAGUCAAGGUGGGAUCAGACACAGAAACAGAUUUGGUUGGGGGACGGGUAACACAGAAUGACCCAUGGUAAAUAAAGGGUUACUGGAAGCUCACAGAGGGGUCCACUCAUUCUGCAGGUCAGGGAAGACUCCACAGUGUAGGUGACAUUCGAGUGGUGUCUUGAAGAAUGACAAGGACCUGCCAGAUAGUAAGUGAGGACAGUAGAGGGGGAGGACAUUUGGAAGAGAGGAACAGCAUGGGCAAAGGUAUGGAGGCAUGAAAACACCCUUUAUCUCUCCCUCACCUUUCCCAAGCAAGUUUGCUACCUUACUUUGGUGGGGAGGGAUCUUCCUUGUUCCUUUGUCCCUGUCCCUGCCUCUGCCCCACCCCUGCCUCCUGCAGGAGGGCCUGCAGGCCAACAUCCUCCUGACUCCCUUUUACCUGCUAAGCCCCUAACACCCCUUGGUUAGGGGACCACACAGCAUCUUUUCCCUGGGCUCAAGGUGUUAAGAAAAGUCAUAAACCCCAGGGCCCUGGUAUUAUCUUCCUGGAGGGCACACCCAAAAGGUACCAGAUAUUUGAGUUCACAGCAAUAGUUCCUCACACUCCAGCAGGCUCAGACCCCAGGUUUCUAGGGUCCUUGGUCCUAUGAAUCCCUGAAUUCUUCCUGGUGCACAGUGGGAAACCCAGGGGGGGAAAAAUAGGUUGAUUGACCUUGGGUCCACCUGCUGAUGGCCCGUCUCAUUGUGAGGCCUGCCUGGAUUCUGGCCAUUUGCACUGUCUCCCACUCAUGUUUAUGUUACUCCUUCCCCCAGGCCAAGGGGUGGUCCAGCAGCGAGUUGGGUGUAACUGACAGGUGCCACUGCUAGCCCCCUCCAGGAGGUCAUGGCCAUUCCUGGUGGCUGCUGCUUGAAUAUUUUUUCUUGAUAAACUUUUUUACAAUUAAGAUAACAAAAACAUGACUUUUAAACUUAGAUCUCUGAGGGGAUGAGGGUGUGGGAAGGAUAGAACCCUGAUUGUCCCUGAGGUUAUGAUAGGCACAAAAUUUACCUUAGAACCUCAGUAGUUGGGGAGAAGGCUGUGCUGGUGGGAGGUGCUAUCUGGGGAUCUAGAGGUGGCCAAGAACACCUCUAGAUAAUUUCACACCCUUCCCAGACCUCACUAUCAUCUCACAAAUGGUGAAGUCCUGCCAGGGAUUUGGCUGUGCUGCUCUGAUCUAGGGCUGAGCGUUGCAUGAAAAAGGGAUAGGAGAUCAUGUUUCAGGACAGUCUAAUCAAUGGGGUUCCUCUCCCCAGGGAGGCCCCAGCUCAGGGGAAGGAGGUGGAGCUCAGAAACGGUGUCCUUUCCUAGGCAGUCCUGGAUAUCCAGCCAUGCGGUGGCUUCCAAGUUGGAAACUGAGGAGGACUCCUCAGCCCUGCCAUUGGGGGUGCCCCAGGCAGGAUGAACAGGGACCGUCACACAUGGAACAGAGGAGUGUGGUGAAAGCACAGUGUUCUUUCAGGGCAGCGUGGACUUGGUGUAGGGAGAAGUGCCUGGGUCCAGACAUCAGGGGAGGAUCUGGCCAGGCCAGGGGCCUGGGGGCUCAGGGCAGUGAGAUAAGAAAAGGGAUGGCAGAUGUAUUGGGGGAGAGGGCAGCAAGGGCUCUCCAUUCAGGGUAGAAGGUCCUUAGAGGAAAUUCUGGAGUGGGCCCUUGACCCUGAGUCAAAUUAGGUCAGAUUUGGGACUUUGUGGAAUUUUUCCCCUCCCUCCUCCCUGCUCUCCUUCCUUCAUAUCUAGUCCCUUUGAGGACCUUCUCCCCCUUAAUCUUUUCUCAGCUUUGACCUCUAAGGAGCCUUCUGCAGAGAGCAAUCUGACCACAGCACAGGGGCUGUUGGGGGAGGGUUUGGGGGCAUCUUCUCGAGGUGAGUCUGAGAAGGGUGGGAAUGCUCCUCAGCCCACAGUGCCUGGAAAGUCCCUGUGCAUGCUUCCUGCUCCGGGACUGUCCUCUGUGUCCCUUCCUUGACAGGGCACCAUCUCCCAUACCUCCCAUCCUCCGGGUGAGGGAGUUGGCCUGACACCAGGUCAGCAUGCACCUCGGAGAAGAACCAGAAUGUGAAGUGUUGGGACGGGCUAGGCUUACUGAGAUCUGUAGGCUGAGAUAGCAUGUGUGUGGUGGGGACUGAGAAUGUCAUAACCCCUCCCCCUGUUUCUUUCUUUUUUUUUUUUCUGUCUGUGUGUGGGAUAGGGUGUUGGGGGAAUUUGAGAUCUGUUGGGUCUGGCCAGAGCUCCUUUCUGCAGGGGACUGGGGGAACAGUGUGGGGGAAUAUCCUGGUGGCUGGCCUCAGUCACAUGCCAGGCACUUGUUCUAGACUAAGCUGGGCCCAGCUGCCUCCAGUUCCCUCCCUCAUUUUUGUCUGAGGGGGGUGGAAAACCAGGCCUCUCUUUGUGCCCUGGGCAACUACCAGGACCUGAGGGGACCCCUGAUACCCAAUCUUGGCCCAACUCAGGAAAGGAAUCUGUUUUGUGGCACAUGUGGGGUGUUGGGGAUGGAGGUGUUCUCAGAUCCUGCAUCCUGUUGCCUCCUGGACACAGGAGGGCUGUGAACCACUGUGCCACAGCUGGAACAGAGCCAGGCCUGGGGAAGACAGGUGGUCCGAGGCCCAGUUCACCACCACACCUCCCAUCCUGUGGCACAGCCACACAGUCAUCCAUACACCCACAUGGUCCCAGAUACUGUUGCCCAACCCAAAGUAGACAUAGCCACACACAGCCACACAACUUCCCCACAGGCACAUAAGCCACUCUUGGCCACAUAUACAUAUAUGCAUGGUCAUGUGCUCUCACAAUUGCACUCCUAUCCACAGUGCCACAUACUGUCACACAUUCACAGCCAUGUCCACACUUGGCCAUGUCUAUACAUGUUAUCUGUUCACUAUGUCAGUCUCAGCUAUGGCAUCACUCUCAGCCAUACCACAGUCUCAUGCACACAGUCAUACCCUCACACAGUGAUACACGCAAACUGCCACAAAGUCACAUGUGAACAUAGCAAAGGUGUCCCACAUGUAGCUGCACCUGUAUCACCUUCUGGGGCAGCGUGCGUGAACCACCUCCAGCCAUCUGGGAUCACCCAUCACCCGACACCACCACAUUAGUUCUUCAUUGCACAGACAAGGAACUUGGGUCCAGUGAGGGGUGGCAGCUGGCUGCGUCAGUGUGCCAGGGGAUGCUUCGGGCCAGAAGUCAACUCCUGGUAGGCUCUCUGGCCUGGCCUUGUGAACCCAUGGGCCAGUGUCUAAGUUUAGGCUGCCUCUGAAGGCCCCUGGCUGAAGCCACCAAACAAAGCUCCAGGCAUCUACCGUCUCUUGAGCUAAAGCUGAGGCUGCUGCAUCUGCAAGAGCCAGGAUGCAGUGGGCAGAGCCCAGGCCUUGGGCUGGAGGAACAUUCCUGCACCAUCUCCCUAAGUAUGUGAGGACUGGGCCCACCCUGCCUGUCUGCUGCUGACUCAGACCUCUAGCAGUCAGGCCUUCCGGGCUCCCUGCCACCCCUCCACAAACCCGCUUUCCCACCCAUUGGGCUGUGGUGCCUCUCUCCACCGGCCAGGCCAGAGAGUCAGUGAGCCCGGCAGAAAGACCAUGGAGAACAGUAAAAAUUCACCUCCUCAGACAGAGCUCAGAAAGGACAAGUAUGAAAUGUCUCUGGGAUUCAACAUAGCUUAACACAAAUAUUUUUUCCUUGAGUCCUUUUUUGUUAGACAAAGCCCAGUGCAGUCCAGUCUGUUUAAAAAACUGUGUGACCUCCUUGGUCCAUACAGCAGCCUUACUAGGCAUCAUUAUUCCAUUUCAUGGACGAGACCGAGACUUGGCUAGUGGGAGAAUAGGAUCUGCCUAUGCUCACACGAUGAGUCUGAGGCCUCUGGACUCGAACCCAGCUCUCUGGAUCCAUUCCUUAAAGUCACAUGAAUUAACUUAUUUAGGUUAGAAGGAAGAAGGGGUGGCAGAUUUCCACUUCAGAGGUGGUAAAGAAUGGCAGGCUGGUGAACCCAGCUGCUGAAAUGUGAAGGGGCUUGAGGGUAGGGGGAUCCUGUCAGCCCCCAGGGAUGAAGAGGCUGACCCAGGGAAUCCAUUACAGAUGAAUGUGUGAGGAGCAUUCCUACAUUUUUCUGUAACCGACUUGUAUUCCUCUCUUGCUUUUUCAUUUCCCCACAUGGUUGAAAUUUAAUUUCAGAUCAGUAUGGGGACCCUUUCUUUUCUGAGGGAUGCAUCUACGUUUUGGGGGUGGCGCAUUUGAAGACCAUAGGCAGGCCCCUGGCACUUUGAAUUUUAGAGACUGAAUCCCACACCCUGUCACACAAGAAAUUUUGCUGGCAUUCCACAUUAAAGUCAUUAAUAUAUACCAAUUUGAGUUAGGUUCAUUACUACUUAACAAUGUAUUGUCUUAUAGAUAUUUAAUUAAACUUUAUUAAUUUUGA